AUGGCUUCUGUACUGAACCCGCCUCUCACUUUUCACCGCAACCAGGUCCUUGUUGGGUUUGGUGGAGCCACGGCAACAAGGGGACUAUAUAAUAAAAACUUUCUGCUUAGAACUGAUGUAACUCAAAGGCAUAAUUUGGUGAUGAAAGCUAAAUCAUCUGCAGAAGCCGACAUUCUUGCAAAAGAUUCCAUCAGUGUUGAAGUUAAUGACAAGAGGGAUUUUGGAGUUGUGAGUAUGCACCAUGUUGGAAUUUUGUGCGAGAACCUCGAAAGGUCGCUGGACUUUUACCAGAAUAUUCUUGGUCUGGAAAUAAAUGAAGCGCGGCCCCAUGAUAAGCUUCCAUACCGAGGUGCUUGGUUGUGGGUGGGUUCUGAGAUGAUACAUUUAAUGGAGCUCCCUAAUCCCGACCCGCUAACAGGUCGACCGGAACAUGGGGGCCGAGAUCGGCAUACCUGUAUAGCAAUUCAGGAUGUGUCAAAGCUGAAAGAAAUUCUUGAUGAAGCUGGCAUUCCAUACACCCUCAGCAAAUCAGGACGUCCAGCAAUUUUCACACGUGAUCCAGAUGCUAAUGCACUGGAGUUUACACAAGUUUAG